AACAAUUCUCUGAAAAACGUUUUACGUUGAGUUUAGAUUGAUCUAGUUUGACCAAGAUGGAGCCCAAAAUGAAUGUUAAUGAUUGUAAUGUCCGUUCUACUGAGAAGGAUCCGAGGGCUAACUGCUUCGAAUGUUUCGCCGAUACUCCCAGCUACAACGCCCUGACAGCUCAGUACUCCUUGAGACAGCCUCGUCCGAAAUUCCUGUCCUGCUGCCCCUUCAAGAAACGAUUGAGGAUGGAGUUCUCUUUGAGUAGGAAGGCUCUGCAGAAGUUCAUGGAGUCGAGAGGCAAAGGGCCCAUAAUUGAUCUUCCCGAUCUUAAUGAAAACCUUAGGACGAGCUUCUCAGUUUGGGAGUUAGCAAGGAGAAUGUCGGAAUGGAUGAAGAGAUCUUUUUCUAGCUCGAUGACGGAAAAGAAGGCAUCCAUCGUGGAGGCACCUAGUCCUGGGAUAAAGGAGUUCCCCUUGACGCAGGAAUCGGUGAAAAAACAUAUUGAAAAGGAGACAGCGAAGAAGAAGGAAGAAAAACAGGAGACGAUCCUCAUGCUGAAGAAAAAACAGCAGGAUCUCAAAAGGCUCAAGGAAGAGUUGAAGCUCCAGGCUGAGAAGCAUUACUGCCAUUAUGAUGAAAAGUUGGCGGAUUACGAAUUAAAAAAAAUACAAUAUUUAAAAAAUCUAGCCAAGAGGCAUGAUUUGGCGUAUAAUGAUCUAAUGAGAAAUGGAGAUGUAAUUUACCAAAAUUAUAGAUCGGAAUUGAAAAAGUUAAACGAACAGAAAUUGAAAGAAAUAGAAAAAAGAGCGGAGAUCAAUGCAAGAUUACUACAAGAAGAGUUGACUAGACAAAAGCAACUGAAAAACCUGAAGUCCCACUCAGUUCCAAAAUUCAUAAAAAAGAAGGCGAAGAAAUCAAUUCUGGAACCAAUAAUAGAGGAAGAGGAAGGUUCAAAACAUACUCCAUGCCUAAUGGAACCUCCGGUAACCAAAUCUGAGGAACCUCUCGUAACGCCAAUCAAGGGGAAGACCAAGAGUAUACAUAUGCUUAAAACAAAGCAAAGAAGAUUUAACUCAGUUCAAGAUAACAAGGACAUACCUAAGCCCAAGUCACCAGUGACGUCAAGUAAGAUGAACCAAGAAACGAACCUACUAAUUAAGAAACUGGAGAAGGUGUGGAGUGAAAUAGAGCAGGCUUGGAAUAAAGAGAAAAAUGAACCUGAACUACCUGACAAUGAUAUGUUAAUAGUCAGACCGGCUUCUAUCAUCUUCAGGGAUUUCUUGCCAUACGAUGAUUAUGUUGAAACUGUCAAGAUGUACAAUCCAACAAAGGAAUCCAUUGAUUGCGGUAUUUUCAUGAUUUACGUGGAGCCACAGUUAGACGAAAUUAUGUUUGAGAUUUAUCCAGAAAUGGUGACGAGAAUACGUCCCGGUGGCAGUCAGAACUUCCAAGUAAUCUUCAUGACAGAACGUUGGGAUGAAGUCAAAAAUGGUAUAAAUGGUACUAUUUGGUUCUGGUCAAAAGUACUUAAGACAAACAGCUUCUACCGCAUAUCUGUUCCAGUUCAAUGCAUCAGAUUUACCAGCGAUAUAAAAGUGGAAAAUCCAAUAAUACAAUUCAAUGAUGUACCGUCAUGGAUUGAUUUUAGUUCUACAAAAUAUUUAGAUAUAACUAACAACAGUAAAAUAGAGUACGCGGUCUACAUUCACAGAAAAAAGAAAAUAAUGAGUGAUCCACUUUUGGUAACAUCAACAGACCUAUUUGAAACACCAGAAAAAAGCAAGUUAUCCCCAUUAAGUGAAAUAGACAGUCCAAGAAGUUAUAUGCUACAAUCUCAUCCUGAAGGUAUAAAAAAUCCUAAUGCAGAAAAUUCAAAACAAGCAAACAACAAAUAUUCAGAACCUCAGAGCAAUAUUAGUCUAGGGGUCACUAGAUCUAAACAUCAAUCACAUGUAAAAAUCCACCAAAAUUUGUCCCCAAAGAAAUCACCAAGGACAGAAGAGAGUUACUUAGCUGUCACGGACCUGCUGGAGUUGAUGAUAGAGGAAGUGUACCAGCCGUUCAGGGUACACUUGACGCGAGGCAUUUUUCUAGAUCGGGAAACCAAGAUGAGCGUACCCAUCGAGUUCUUGCCACACCUGGCAGGGAAUGUUGAGAUGGUUGAAGAUCAACUUGAAGUAUCCUUCGAAGGAAGAUUUCUUACCAAAGAUGAGGAAGUGGUUAACCUGGUUGCAACAAUGUUCGAACAGCCUUUAUCGAUAUCCCCAGCGAUGGUUGACAUGCAGGUGACGAUGGUCGGCACAGGUGUGUGGCAGACGUCCUUCCAGGUGACCAACGUAUCCAAAAAGUUCGUAAAUGUCAAAAUUGAGAUUCCAGUUAAACUAAAUACACAUUUCCAAGCACGGCCCUCGAAGUUCAUCAUACGCCCUAACCAGAAACAAGAUGUCCUCCUCAGGGCCAAGAUUGGAUGGAAAAUAAAUGAAGAUUCGGGAGAUAUGUUGGAUAAAAAUUUGUCCCUAUUGGAGUUUCCAAUCAGCAUCCAAGCUGACCAAAUGCCGCAGCAGACUUUGGGAGCGUUGGCAGUCAUCAGCAACCCUUUGGCCCUCUCCAUCGAGCCCAACACGAUCAACCUCGGCUUCGUCAACACCUUUGAGACUGUCACUGAACAGUUCUGGUUAAAAAAUAAUACCGUCGUACCCCUCUAUUUCGGAUUCAUUAAUGUACCUCAGAGCUGCAUAAUUAUGCCAAUGCACGGAUUUUCUAAAAUAGGUCCCGCCCAGAAAAUCAAACUCAAUUUACUUUACUCUCCCAGUGUAAAGGAAGCUGGAAAAGCUGGAGGCCAGGCUGUACAUAUGUUUAGCCUCAUCUGUACCACUCUGGAGAGGUUGGCUGCCGAAAAACCACCCAUGCACAACUUAAAUACAGAAGAAGAGGUUAUGAAAACUGCCAAAUCCGUUCAACCCAAAUCUGACAGCGAACAAAUGAAUACACUUCAAGAAUUGCUGAAAAUGUCAACGGAUGACUACAUGGCAGAAUUGGGGGAACCGACUCAUGUAAACUUAGAAACCAUGUCAUUUCUUAACGAAAACCUCAAUGCCCUAUCAUUUUUAGAGAAAAAAGAAGUCAUUUCCCCGUUGGGACCAACCAACGUUGCAAAAAGAAUGUCACUGGCGUAUUAUCCAGCAGAUAUAGCUAAAGAAAAAUCUACAGAUCUGGACGUAGAAAACACAGAUCUGCUACAUGAAAAAGAUGUACAACCAUUUAUAUCACUGAGCUGUAUGGCCAUAGUCAGCGAUCCUAUUUGCGAGCUGUCCGCUCAGAGAAUUAUACUUCCAGAUAUACCAUACGGGUCCUUCAGCAUUCACCAUAUGCAUUUGAGAUACCCAAAUGAAGUGAGUGGAAUUAGCUGCCACUGUAAAAGAUUUCUUGGUCUACACGAUGAUCCGAAACAGGUGAAAAUCUCGUUUCAAUUUUUUCAGCAUUUCGGAAAGGAACUCGACAUUCAACCCGUUUCAGGGACUCUGAAUUAUGAUGAAAAAAUUAAAAUACAUCUCGUCUUAAAACCUGAAUUAGAUUUAUCAGUAAAUUCUAAGGAAGGGAAAUUAAGAAAACCAAGACCCAUCGCUAAAGCAGUUUCUAAACCAAAAGUCGAUGUAAAACUGCCUAAAAGGGCAGAAAGUCGUAUAUCUAGAACAAAACUUCUCAGAAUUAAAAACCUGCAGAAUUCUCAUUGUCAAACAAGAAUAAGAUGUUUGAUUUCAGUUAAAAAUCCAGAAUAUCCAGAACCCCGCUUUGAAGAACUUUUUUGUGAUCUGUAUUUCAAAUUCGUGAGACCUGAUAUAUACGUCGCGACGCCUGGUUCAAAAAAAGAAAUAACAUUUCCGAGGACAGCGAUCGGUACAAAACGCGUGGAAACAAUAGAGGUUCAUAACAUCAGCAAUCAGAUGGUUAACGUUACGAGGAGUCAUUUCAGUCACUUAGGCAUAUUUACCUGUCAGUUCUUGCCACCGUCACCAUGGAGCUAUAAAGAAUAUAAAGGCAUACCUUUGGAACCUGAACAAUUUUUGAAACUGGACCUUACAUUCAGCCCAGAAGAGGACAAUUACGCAGAAGAAUAUUUUGAGCUGAGAGCAAAUAAUACAAUUGUUCCCUUAAACGUUUCAGGUUAUGGCGCAAUACCUCGAUAUACGAUCAGCUCUCAAUUCUGUGUUUGUAAGAUGGAAGCCUCUCAUGGGAACAAGGUUGAAGAAGUCAUCACAAUAACAAAUAAGUGCGAAGUCGAUUUACAAUUUGAAAUAAUGAAAUGUUUUCAAAUGGAAACUCUCAGUUCAGAUGUAUUUAAACAAUUCCUUAAUCGCUAUUCACCGGCCAAAAAUAUAAGCAAAGAAUCUUACCUUGAUCCAAAUAUAAUAAGAGAUAUAAAGGACAAUUUUUUUGAAAGUGAUCAAACAAGUCCAAUUACUGUAGAGCCUCAACUUAUUCAUAUCCUACCAUUCAAAAAAGCAGCAAUUAAAAUUUGUUUUUAUCCUAAAAAGUUACCCACUUUAACAAAACCAAUAAAUUCAGAGGAAGGAAACAUUCAUGUUACUUCUAAAAUUUUAAGAAAAGCAAAUAUGUCUAGAAGUAGAAACAUUUCGAUUCUUGAUUCGAAAAAUGUAAUUGAAGAAGUCACGCCAACAUUUUAUGUGCAAAAAGUGCAAGUGGUAUUAGGAAGGCUCACAUUAGUAGCUGAAUGGUUAAUAAUUGGGAAAAUAGUUAAAGACAAUAAAAAACGUGUAUAAGAUUUUUAAAACUAUUAUUCUCAAAUAUAGACAAAUAAUUAUAAGUCAUAUUUAAUUAUUAUUUUUAACUUAUUGAUCACUACUUGAAUUCCUAAUUGUUGAAUUUUCCUGAAGGAAGAAAAACUAUUUCAUUGGCCAAUUUUUUAUAACUUGUCUUUAUUUGUACAAUUACAAGUUCUCUCAGAAAAUGUUUAGUAUAAAAAAUUAAACAUCAAUAUUCAAAUUCAACAAGCUUAUCAGACGUAAUCAACAUUAUAUAUACUUUUCCUGUUAAAAUACAACAGUUAAUUACAAAGAAAUUAUUCCAAAAGUCAAUAUUUAUAUCUAUAAGUAGAAAAUUUUAUCAGUUAUUUUUACAGUAGAUAUUUAUUUGCCAUUUUUUAGAUACUUAAUUUGUAGCCAUAUAUCAAUUUACAAUUAAAAAUAUAAGCCUUAUAAAAAAUAAAAAUAAAUUAAUGUUAAAAAUGUUAUCUAGGCCUACUAUGUACAAAUAUAUACAAUAAAUAUAAAAUAAGAUAAGCAUUCCCAUAGAGGAAAAUAUUGUUUUAGCUGCUUUCUGUAGACAUACAUAUAAUAUAUAAUUUAAUAUAUAUAUACAUAUAGUAGCAAAGCCACAUUGUUACUUCCAUGUUAAAUUUGGAUUAUCCAUGCCUAUCUCAAACACAUUUUGAAUAUAUGACAAAUUAAUGUAAUUAAAUGAAUAACACCUGCAAUUUAUAUGAAAAAUAAAAUGAAUCUAUUACUGAAAAAAAAUCCUAUAAUAGAAGGUAUUUUCUGUUUGAUCAUUUUAAGAGUUAACUAUUUUUUACAAUAUCAUUCAAACUGUUUUCUAUACAUGUAUACAUCAUCUAUACAAUAAUUGAUUUUUUUAGUGUAUAUGUAUAUACUGUGGCUCACAGUGAAAUUGAUAUAUUCCACAGAAAAAUAUAAAAAAUACUUAAAUAAUUACAGUAAACAAAUAAAACCAGAAACUCUUCAACAGGUUUAUAUAUAUAUAAUCACAAUUUGAAUAUGUAUAAACUCAAUAAAAUUAAAAUAUUCAUCUGUGAUUAUUUAAGAAUUUUAAUAAAAAAAUACUAUAAUUUUACCUCACAGUCAAAAUGAUACAUCUUAAUUCUUAUUAACUUUUAAAUACUAUUAAUUUAGUUCAAUACCUUGUAGGCAAGCCAUUAUUUUCUACCACUUAUUUCAGUCUGUUUGUAAUGGAGUUGACACAUUUUUUUAUGAAUUCUAGGGUUAGCAUCAACUAUUCAAAGAGAUAUUUUUUUUUAUCUUCUUUUCUAGAAAUUACAUGUUUUCUAAUUUCGCCCACAGGUGUUCUAUCAUAUUAAGAUCUGGUGACUGUGAUGGUGUUUUUAUUACUUUGGGGCAAUUAUAAAGAAGCUAUUCCUUAACUAACAUGGCAGAGUUAGUUUAUUUUAAUUCUCUUGCUCUUAAUUUAUUAAUUAAGUUACUUAAUUUGUUUUUUAGCUCCAGAUUUUGUGCAAUUUCUUCCAAGCUACUUCUCAAAAUGUCUAUGUAAAUAUAAAUUGAAAAUUUAUUUAUCAUACUAUGUGAAUGUUUCCGUUAUAAAGUGAAGAUUUUCUAAACCAGUAGCCAUCAUACACCCUCACUAAGAAACAUAACAUAAGAGAAGACUAUAAAAUGUAACAUAACAUAAGAAAAAUAAAAAUAAAAUAAGAAAAGAACAUAUUACUAGGAUUUUUAUUGAUUAAAAUUGUUUUCACUUUAAUAUAAAUUGAACUAUUUAUUUAUUCAAUAAUUUCUAUAUAUAUCCAAGUGUAUCAUUUUGACUGUGAGCUACUCUACUGUGUGUAUAUAUAUAUAUAUGUCAACUGACAACACUUACAGUUGAAAAAAUAAAGUUCAACAAUCAAACAUCCUUUUAGAGAGUUAGGAUUUUAGGGGAACAAAUCAGUGAUCCCAUGUUGACAUACAAGUAGUCAAACACAUAUUUCUCACAAUCUUAAUUUUGGUGAUUGUUAGAUCUGUUACUACUCCGGAAUUAAAUCUUAAUUUCUAUGAUAUGUCAACCUUAUGUGGUCAAUAUUAAUUAAAACAGUUGAAACUUUAUAUAUUAGUUAGUAUACCAAUACGUUGUGAUAGAUCAGUUUUUUAUAAAAAGUGCAAUAUUAAAGUAAAAUCAUUUUUGGACAAAAAGAAUUGAUUAAUUUACGUUUGUGAUAUUUCUUUAUUACGUUUUAUUUCUCUUCCGAAAUGUUGCCCACAGGUCAAAAUAAAAAAAAAAAUUGUCAUUUUUCUUAUUAUUUCUACUUAAAUAUUUUGGGUUUGCUUCACCACCAAUUAAAAUCUCUUUAUAAUUUGUCUACUUCACACACACUUUAAUAUUUUUAGACACAUAAUGCUGUUGAUUGAUUAGUUUACAUUCUUACUAUUUCUGACAACACAACCCUGAAAUUUUCAAAUAGUAUUAUAAAAAAUAAACUUAAGUCUUAAGUUAAAGGUAAAAAAAUAUAUCAAACUUAUUUAGACUGUAAGUAAUCAUUAUGAUUUUUCAAUAAUUAGUGCGAUAUAAAGAUGUGAAAGUGCAUUAAAUUUACAAAUGCAUAUUAUUAAAUAAAAUAAAGUAUUAUACAAUUAUUAUAAACUAAUAUAAUUGGUAUAGUCCAAUAAUGAAUAAUCAUUUAAUUAGUAAUGUGUUUAAGUAAUUUUUAUCAGUGUGUUGGUUAAUCAUGAAUAUGUAAUAGUUGGUUGUGUACCGUCUCUUUUUUGAAAUCCCUGAGGGUUUCAUAACGGCCAAAAUGUAGCAAAUAUACAAAUGAAAUGAAAUGAAUAUAAAAUAUAAGGGAAAAAUGACGUAUAAAUAAUUUUAAUAAAUCAAAAUUCAUUUAGCAGUAGCCAAAUAAAGCAAACAGCAAUCGUUGGAACAUAGAAGGGAAGAAACAGGUAGAUUUUCAUGAAUUUUCAAAAUAUUUGAUAGUGUUCAAAACAAGUUACAUUGUAUGUUUAUAGCUGGAAAGCAGUACAUUAUAAUUUCUUGAACCAUUUACUCAGUUCUUUUUUGUUUCAGCUAUCAUUUUCAUAGUUUUUUAAACAUUUUUAUCUUCACAAAAUCUUUAUUUUCAACAAUCAUAAUUAAAAUAAGAGAAACAUAUAGAUACUCAGUCAUCUAAUUACUAAAACAUUUGUGGCGCACAUGCAAAACUUUCACUUACCUCUCCACUUUGAAUAGAAAUUAUUUUCUGGCAAUCUUGGCCUAUUAAAAAGUGCAUUUUUAAUGGGGAUAACAUUUAAACCUUGCAGUUAACGUAUGGAAACUCAUUAUUAAAUGGCACUACAUCCCAAUUAUCUGAGACUUGGCCUACUCCAGCAUCGAUCUCCAGUUCUCUCGGUCCAGCCUUCUAAUUUCUGACACCAAGUAGUCUACAUGCAUCAGCAGCCACACAGUCCUGCCAGCGCAAACAUGGUCUUCCCAUUCGUCUGUUUCCAAACACAGGCUCAUUCAUAGCUCUCUUUGGGGGUGCAUUCAUAUCCAUCCGCGCGACAUGUCCCGCCCAGCGUAGUCUUGCCAGUACGACGAAUUGGCUCACAUCCAGGUCAUUAAAUAAUGUCUUUAUUUCCAAAUUCGUUCUCCUCCUCCAAUUCUGUGGUGUUUCCUGGACCCCUCCAAAUAUGAGUCGUAUAAUCCUCCUUUCAAAUCUGAGUAAGGAUUUCUCAACUGCUUUUGUUAAGGUCCAGCUCUCACAGUCAUAUGUGAGCACUGGUCUAAUAAGAGUUUUAUAUAUUCUUAUUUCGGCCUGUCUUGACAACAUUCUACUGCGAAGAUGUCUCUGGAGGGAGAAAUAGCACCGAUUAGCCACUGCGAUCCUCCUGUCUAUCUCACAAUCAAUGUUAUUUCGUGCAUUUAUCAAUGAACCAAGAUAUACAAAUUCGUCAACAUUCUCGAUUCCACGCUGUUCCAGCCAUGCUUGGUUUUCCCUCGUUAGACGUGAGGAUAGGGUGGACAUAUAUUUUGUUUUGGACGUGUUGAUAAUAAGACCGAUUUUGGCUGCCGACUCUUCCAGAUU